AUGGACACGGCUGCGGUCAAGUACAGUUGGAGCUUUAAGCCUCCGGCCUCAUCGUCAUCCACGCAAACACCAGAGCGCCUUAAAUCAUUUGCUUCGCGUUCGCCUUUGCCCUCGCGAUCUUUCUCCUCAUCCUCGAUUCCGCCAUCUCCUUCCAUCCCGCUCGCGCCCCUCCCGCCCUCGCUCGAGCUAUGCACGCCCAAGCAGGCCUGGCAGACCACCGCCCUCAUCCUCGUUCCUCUCAUCUUCAACCAACUCGGUGCCGUCAUGUCGCCCCAAUCAACAUCAUCAUCUUCGACGCUACACGCCUCUGGAGUUGGCCACGACUACCACCACCCUCAUUACCUUCAUCUUCAUCAGUACCCCCAGAGCCACUCGUUCGUGACGCUGGCCUCCAUCCUCGAGCGCAGCCCGUUGUUCUUCGUCUUCCUCUCGAGCUGGUGGGUCGACCUGGUGGUCCUCGUCGCGCUCAUCGCCCUCCUCCGCUACAUGGCCGUCGCCGGCGGCAACGGCGUCACCCCCGCCUUCGAGGGAACUGAUGCGAAGUUGAAGACGGCCUUGCAUGUGUUCGUCUUCUUCGCGGCGUUCUUCAACGUGCGGCAGAGCAGUGCGCUCGUCAGCACGGUCUUCAUGCUCCUCGCUUCCACCGCCAAAGCCAAGUCCGACACCAUCGACCGCGAGGCGGCAAGGUUGACCGACGGCCGGGCGUAUCCGCUGUGCACGCGGCUGGUGAACACCAUGUGGUGGGCGCUCAUCUUCGGCACCACCGACAUUGCCUUCCUCCUGCCGCACCUCGCCUGCCUCCUCGUGGCCUCUUCCUUCUUCUCCUCCCCCAUCCGCUUCAAGUUCGCCAUUGGGGUGUCGUCGUGCUUCCUCAUGUUUCCGCUGCUCGUGGUGGUGUCCUACAUGAUGGACACGGUCGGACGAAGCGUCCUCCACUUCGCCUUCGCGCCGCGGAGCGUGGUGUUCUCGCGCUACUUCUCGUCCGACGUCAUGCUGCUCCAGUCGGCCAGCUUCAUCUACCACAUCAUCCUCACCGCCAAGCUCUCAACUCCAUAA